AUUCAUAGCUAUGAUCCGUAUCAGAUUUCGGAUUUCCUGGUAGGAUUAGUGUUUUGGGAAAGAACCAAAUACAUUUAUUUUAGCUAGUCUUUUCUGAAAAUAAACAUUUUCUUAUGAUUAGGGCAUUUAGAGUACAUUGUGACUCUGGUAUUACGACUCAGUUAACUUAUACAGGGUGGCGGAAACAAAGCGCUGAUUUUAUUUGUGAAGGGAAUCGGUUAGUCGGCUAGCUUUAGCUUUUAGCCUGCACUGUUGGACAUGUCUGCCUCGGCCGGCGCCUCUCCGUCAGCCCAGGGCACGGCCCUGGUCAGUCCAGGCACGGGGAUUUCCAUGUUUCGGUGGCUUGAGGUUCUGGAGAAGGAGUUUGACAAGGCGUUUGUUGACGUCGAUUUACUACUUGGAGAAAUCGACCCAGAUCAAGCUGACAUCACAUACGAGGGUCGUCAAAAGAUGACAAGUCUCAGCUCCUGUUUUGCUCAGCUUUGCCACAAAGCCCAGACGAUUUUUCAACUUAAUCACAAAGUAGAGGCUCAGCUGGUGGACCUGCGUUCGGAGCUGACUGACGUGCAGGCGGAGAAGGUGGUGGUGGAGAGGGAGGUCCACGACCAGCUGCUCCACCUUCAUGCCAUGCAGCUGCAGCUUCAUGCCAAGGCUGGACAGACUGUGGACUCUGACGCCAUCAAAGACAGGAUGCCUGUUCCCUCAGUGGAGGAGAUGGAGAGGGAGCUGCAGGCCAACAAGAAGGAGAAGGUGAAGGAGGUGAAGCUGGAGGCAGAGGUCAAGCUGCAUAAGAAGGAGAAUGAGGCCCUCCGUAGGCACGUCGCUGUACUGCAGGCUGAGGUCUAUGGGGCAAGAUUGGCAGCCAAGUACCUGGACAAGGAGCUGGCCGGAAGAGUACAGCAGAUCCAGCUGCUGGGUCGGGACAUGAAGGGGCCCGCUCACGACAAGCUGUGGAACCAGCUGGAGGCUGAGAUCCACCUCCACCGCCACAAAACAGUUAUUCGGGCCUGCAGGGGGCGCAACGACCCCAAGAAACCCCUAGAGUCUCCAGUGGGGCAUGAAACAGAUAUACUGAAGAAGACUCAAGGAGUUGGUCCUAUUCGUAAAGUAGUGCUGGCCAAAGAAGAUCACGAGGGACUUGGAAUUUCAAUCACGGGUGGUAAGGAACACGGGGUGCCCAUCCUGAUCUCAGAAAUCCAUCCUACCCAGCCUGCGGAGCGCUGUGGCGGGCUCCAUGUGGGCGAUGCCAUCCUGGCUGUCAACAGCAUCAACCUGAGGGACGCCAAACACAAGGAGGCUGUCACCAUCCUCUCACAACAGAGGGGAGAGAUAGAGUUUGAGGUGGUGUACGUGGCCCCGGAGGUGGACUCUGACGAUGAGAACGUGGAGUAUGAGGAUGACAGCGGCCAUCGCUACCGCCUCUACCUGGAUGAGCUGGAGGAGGGGUCAGCCGCCAGCAGGAACAACGGCACAGCAGACUCAGCAUCACUACAAGCCCUGGAAAAGAUGUCCGUGGGUGACGGCCCAGAGAACAGAGACACAGGGAUCUUCAGUGAGACGCCAUCGGAGGAGACCCCGUCUAAGACUGCUGGGUCCGGAAAGAGCACCUCCUAGAGCGGCGGGGAGGAAUGGGGAGGGGUGCAGAGGAGGAAGGGGGAAGAGCUGAAAGACUGGACUGCACAUGUAUUUUUGUACUAUACUCUAUGAGAUUUGAGAGACUGGACUGCAUCUGAGUCCACUGGAGGAUGUAUGAGGGGAGAAAUGGGGAUAAAGUCGACUCAUCAUUAAGUCGUCAUGGAAACGCACUCAAAGCUCUUUUGAAUUCCUGUUACUAUCAUUCUGCAACGGUGAGGAGCCAAUGAGAGAAGACCACAGAUUGAGGAGAAGAUGUGGGUCUAGAUGAUUGAAUGGAUGGACUAAGUGGUAUUUUUCUGUGUGUAUAGUUACUGAUCCUAUUUGCCUCCACAUUAAGACGACACUUCCUUACUGUGAGACUGCCCUGCUGGUAAUGAAUACUGUUUUACUAGGCUGAGGAAAUCUUCUCCCUUCAUAAAUGUUGGCUUUUAUUUAUCUCUUACACAUGUAGCUUGUGUAGAGGGGUUUCCCUCAACUGUAAUGUUCAUCUUCUACCACUGAUUAUGAUCUCAUGUUUACUCCCAUGUCAAACCUGCACUGCUCUAAGAUCCACCUACAAGUAGGCUUAGCCCUCAAGUGUUCAGAAUAUAGAACAGCCACAUUCACCUAUUGGAUGUCAAAACAGAAUGUACAGAAAGACUUUGUCAGAAUUCAAAGGAUUUCAACUAUUAGGAUGUGCCCUCUGUGUUUGAUCAAUGGUAUCACAGAAUGUUACCAUAGUCCUCAUUACACAACAUUUUAAUUUAAAGAUGGGGCCCUCUGAGCAAUGCAUCUUGUGUGCUACCUCGUUGUCUUCAUACUGUUCAAUGUCCUUGCCGUUUACUCUGAGGUGCACACACACUGGCUAAUGUUCUCUGAAAACAAGUUGUGUAUGACAAAGUUACUGAUAACUCUGGAAGUAUUUCUUUCACAAAUAUAUAUAUAUAUUACCACAAGCUCCGUUGCCAGAAAUUAGAAGUGCAAUAUCUUUAAACUCAACUAGGAUUUCUCCUUUACCGCCUUUGUUCUUGUCCCUUUUCAAGUAAAGUACAUAUCUUGCUUGUCCCUUUUCAAGUAAAGUACAUAUCUUGCUUGUCCCUUUUCAAGUAAAGUACAUAUCUUGCUUGUCCCUUUUCAAGUAAAGUACAUAUCUUGCUUGUCCCUUUUCAAGUAAAGUACAUAUCUUGCUUGUCCCUUUUCAAGUAAAGUACAUAUCUUGCUUGUCCCUUUUCAAGUAAAGUACAUAUCUUGCUUGUCCCUGAAGUUCCUUCGCUGUAUUGUUUUCCCACCCUUCUCUAUUACUGGUGUGCUGUGAUCUUGUAUCAGUCGUUGUGUUUUCAGACUCGUUAGGACCCAAAAGAUGACUGACGGCUGUGUCGGCUGCACCGUAUUCUGAUAUUAAGAGCGGUUAUCAACCUGUCUGAGGGAUGGGAGUUUCCAGCUUUAAUCUAUGAAUUUCACACAACCAAAAGGUUUGUGUGCAUGCAAACAGGUUUUUAUGCACUGAAGAUCAAUUUCAAAAUAAAAUCCACAAACUAUCAUCUUUGAGACUAUAGAAAGUUCUGUGUAUACUAUAUAAAUGUAUUAGCUGUUUUUAAACUUGAAAUCAGUGCAUUUCUGUAGAUUCAUAUUGGAAUUUAGCUACUGUAGUAGCUAGCAUCUCUCUACUGUACUCAUUACAAAUGUACCCCCAUACUGAGGGCUGAGGGGGUCAUGAUGACAACCUGCAGCCUUGUGUUCCAAUCUUGACCUCAUUCAUAGCUAAUCUGCAGUUACUGUUUAUUUAAUUUUUUAUCUACACUAAACAAAAAUGUAAAUGCAAUAUGUAAAGUGUUGGUCUCAUGUUUCAUGAGCUGAAAUAAAAGAUCCUAGAAUUUU